GGCUUAGAGAUUAUAAUCAUGGAGGACGAAAAUGAAAGUGGACAUGAUCAAGACAGUUAUUCCCGGCUUGUGUCGAGUGUCAUUCAUGAAUACGAUAUCAUUGAAAUGGAAUCGGGGGCUAGAAGCGAAGGAAGUUCUAAUGAAGAUGUAAAAUCACGCGAUUCUUCGCAAGACGACACCAUAUUACCCCGUGUUAACUGUCCAGAAAAAAUAAUAAUAUGUUUGGACAUGAGCUCAGAAAUGGAUAAAGUUUCAUUCCGGUCUCGCUCGGGGGACAAGUGGACCCCAAAGAAGCUUGUGCGGAGAGCUCUGUCGUUCUUCCUCCACAGUAAACAGCGACUGAACAGAAAUCACCAGUUCGCAUUGGUCCACCUUUUUGACAAAGCAUCAUGGGUGAAAGAUUUUACAGGAAAUGUACGGUCCAUUAUGAAUGCAUUAGACGAUUUGUCAGAUACAGUAGAGCUACAGACCUUCAAUGCUGCCUCACUGUUUGACCUCAUCCACCAGUGUGUUCCAUUACCAGAGGUGGAGGGAGAUAUCACCAUUCUUCCUCCUCCCUAUGUGGUGCGCAUGUUGUUUAUCUACGGACGAUCAAACGGACUCAUAGAGUUUAGGAACAAAGAUAGCUUCCGUCAGUUAGACAGUUCUCCCUAUUUUUUCUUCGAUGCGAUGUACGUCCAUGAACCACAGUCAGAAGAAAACAGAUGUGAGGAGAUCUUUGAUCGUUUGUGUGAUUUUGAUAACAAGGGGAUGUCUUACAUCUUUGAGGCGGCCAGAAAUCCAACACGCCUGUAUGACCAGAUGGCGCAGCUGUUGGCCCACCCUCUUCAGCGCCCUCUACAAAGCGAGAUUUCGUACCGCCUUCACAAUGUAGCAGAUCUUACCACUUCUUGAUAAAGAGAAUAUGCUGUUUCUUUUUUGAAAGCUGAGAUUUUCAUAUAACUUCAGUGUAGUUGAUUUGGAAGGAAGAAUUGAUCGUGUGAAGUUCAGCUAAAGAUCUACUGAUCUCAUAACUAAGCGUGUAUUAUGAUUAAAGCCAGGCUCUAGCCCAGGAUAUCGGCAGAACGAAUGAAACUCGGAAGCGAACUUGUGGUAACAUUCCAAUUGACAUGUACACCACCCCUACUGAUAAAUGUGCAAUGACCUCUGAUAAAUGUAUAACGACCUGAUAUAAAUGUAUAAUUACCUCUGAUAAAUGUAUAAUGGCCUGAUAUAAAUGUAUGAUGACCUCAGAUAAAUGUAUAAUGACCUUUGAUAUAAAUAUAUAAUGACCUCUGAUAAGUGUGUAAUGACCUUUGAUAUAAAUAUAUAACGACCUCAGAUAAAUGUAUAAUGACCUCUGAUAUAGAUAUAUAAUGACCUUUGAUAUAAAUAUAUAAUGACCUCUGAUAAAUGUAUAAUGACCUCUGAUAAUUGUAUAAUGACCUCUGAUAAAUGUAUAAUGACCUUGGAUAAAUGUAUAAUGAUCCCUGGUUGAUGUAUUAUGACCUCUGAUAAAUAUAUGAUGACCUGGAAAUGAAUUGAAGUCAUGGAAAAUAUUGAAUGGAUAUUAAUCUAUAAUUGAUUUCUUAAAUCUUAUGGUGAUAAAUACAAUUCAUAUUUUAGAAUACAUUUAACACUUUAUGAUACUUUGCAACUAAAAAUUUCUACUGAUUUUAAAGAAUUUAGGAAUAUACGAUAUAUGUAUUUAUUUUAGGAUAUCUAAAAUUUGGUGCAAUUAAAGUUGAUGCACUAUUUGGUUUGAUGAUGAUUUAGUACAUCUUUGAAUGGAUAUAUGAAUGUUUUCAUAAUUCAGUGAGACCAGAAAUAGCUCCUCUUGCUUCACUGCCAAAACUGCUCAAAUAUGAAUCCUGCUAAAAUAUUUACUCAAAAGCAGUACGGAAGAUUAAACUUGUGAUACAGAAAACGAAGUGCUAGAGUCAUCUGAUGAUAUAUUCACAGAGAACAAAAGUCUGAUCGCUGAAGUUAGAAUUUGUGAUCAGAAAAGCUGAAGUUUAAGUCUAAUGUGUUUGUUGCAUGCAACUGGAAUCAAGUAAUUUCAUUUUGUAAUCAUCAGUGCAUUUUCAUACAUGUGUUAAUAUAGGGUUCCUGUAAUGUUGUAUUGAAUCGGUACUUAUUUUAGCGUAUUCAGCGUAUUUAAAGAUUAGCAUAAUUAAAUCUAAAGCACCAUUAGGCAUAAUCUUGAUUUAGAGCUUGUUUUCUGUUUGAUAAUGGAUAAAUAGAUUUUUCAUAUUUUAGCACAACCAUAAAAUAAUACUCUUGCUUCACCGCCAAAAUGGCUAAAAUACAAAUCCUGCUAAAAUACUGUAAAUGUAUUACAUUUGGCUGUGUAUUCUAUUUAGCGCCUUUGGCGGAACUCAGCUUCCGCUAAAUCAAGUACAUCGCUAAAUGCCAUCCGUAAAUCUAGAUGUUUAAAGUAAUUCAGGAAUGCGCUAUAUCAAAUCUUCGCUAACUUGUUGAAAAACGAUUUCCGCCAAAUAUCGUACACGCCAAAUAUAAUACGUUUACAGUAAAUCCAGGUACAGUAACUCAUAAAGAUGUUCACAUUCAUUUGUAUGUUUCAGUUGUUGUAUUGUAUGUACAUGUAUUAAUGAAUUAAAGAUUCAAAACAAUUGAAA